AUGACCACCUUCACCCUCACCGCAAGGUUCGACAACCUGGUGCUGCGGGCUCUGCCUGUGGAGGAGGGCCCUAACCGGCCACGGCCCGUCGCUGGCGCCUGCUUCUCGCGCGUCCAGCCGGCGCCGGUGGACGGCCCGCGCGUGGUGGUGGUGUCUGAGGGCGCCCUGAGGCUGCUGGACCUCGACCCCGCAGAGGCCUCCUCGCAUCCCUCGGAUUUCGCAGAGUUCUUUGGGGGCAACAGGCUGCUGCCAGGGGCGCAGCCAGCCGCCCACUGCUAUGCAGGCCACCAGUUUGGCUCCUUUGCCGGCCAGCUCGGGGAUGGUGCGGCCCUGUACCUGGGGGAGGUGGUCAACAGCAGGGGGGAGAGGUGGGAGCUGCAGCUCAAGGGCGCGGGGCCAACACCAUACAGCAGAUGCAGCCUGGUGACGAGUGACACCCGCAUCGAGAGGGACCCCCUGUACGACGGCCACGUGCAGCAGGAGCGUGCGUCAGUCAUCAGCCGCAUUGCGCCCUCCUUCAUCAGGUUCGGGUCUUUUGAGAUCUUCAAGCCCCAGGACCCCCUCACCGGGCGCUCCGGCCCCAGUGCGGGGCGGGAGGGUGAGAUGCUGCCGGGCAUGGUGGACUACGUCAUCAGCUAUGACCCGGGCCACGUGUGCAACGGCAGCGAUGACUCAGGGCGGUAUGAUUAUCAGGGUCAGCCUGAGAUCUGCCGCUGGAACUGUGAGAUGCUGGCAGCCGCGCUGGGCGGGGCACUGCUGCCGCCCGCCAAGGUCCGCGCGGGGCUGGCCGCCUUUGACCGCGAGUAUGACAGCACCUACCGCCCCACCAUGCGCCGUAAGCUGGGGCUGCUGUUGGCCGACGAGGGCGCUGCUGACGACACGCUGACGUCAGACCUCCUCCAGCUGAUGGCCGACACCGGCGCAGACUGGACCAACACAUGGCGCGCCCUGGCCACCUUUCCCAUGCCGCCACCCACGCCCUCGGAGCCCGGCGAGACGGCGCGCGGGCCGGAGGGCGGGGAGGCCGUUGCGGGGGCGGCCCAGGGAGAGGGGGCCGGGCUGCCGUUCCCGGACGGUGGCUUCCUGGGGCGGCAGCUGUCUGAGCUGGCGAGUGUUGAUGAGAUGGCCAAGGGGUCCGGCUCCAAGAUCCCCGAGGACAACCUAAACAUGAUGUCAUACGUGGCACUCCGCGAUCCGGCCAUACUGCACGCCAUGGGGCUCACACCAGAGUUCAUCAAGGCCCAGAUGGCGCGCGCCCAGGCUGCGGCCAAGUGGCGCGCCACCACCCCAGAGUCCAAGUCCCGCCAGGAUGCGGCGGCCUGGGCCGCCUGGCUGUCGCGCUACGGCGCACGCCUGCAGAGGGAGGCGGCGCUGGGGGGCAGCGACGCGGAGCGGGUGCGGGCGAUGAUCGCGGCCAACCCGCGCGUGGUGCUGCGCAACUGGGUGGCCGAGGAGGCGAUCAGGGCCGCCGAGAAGGGCGACUUUGCCCCCGUCAGGCAGCUGCUCGUGGUGCUGACUCAGCCCUUCAAGGAGGCGGACGACGUGGCCGCAGGGGAGGUGGCUGGCGCUGACGGCAAAAAGGGCGCUGCGCAAUCAGAGCCCGCAGGCGCGCCGGAGCCAGUAGCCGGCGUGUGCCCAUACCGCAUUGGUGGCAAGCCCCCGGCCUGGGCGGGUGAGCUGUGUGUCACGUGCUCCUCGUGA